UUUUCCCAGUGUAUGCCGCUAGCUAGCAAUACCGGUCGGAAAUGUCAUCGCUAUCAGCUGCCGCUGCUUUCUUAUAACAACGUACGGUACAACCGUAUACUUCACGCUGUCAGUCACAAAAUGAUUCCGCAUGCGCUACAGUGCGGAAACAGCUGAGAGUGAACGCAGCUUUCCUCGGCAAAAAUUAAUAUUUUCUUACAUGUCUUAUCCGUAUCGCGCGGCCAUGAAAACUGGAAUCAGUGUAUCGCUAUCAGCACCAGACGAGGUUUCCGGUAGUCUAGCCUUUUCUUCGCUUUAUCCUUUUACGUACCAACGGUUUCCUUAAAAACCACUGUUGACUGAAGUUCCAUUGGCCAAUGGCGCUGAUACACAUCUUGCUGUUUAUUGUGGUGAUUUUGUUCCUGUUGUACAAAGUCCAACCACAGUAUGUGGCGCGCUGGCUGGACAAAGUGCGCGGCCGUCUUCCCCCCGGGCCGUUUGGCCUGCCCAUUAUCGGGGUAACCGGGAUCAGUGGGCAGGCCCCCUGGGAGACGUUCACGGACUGGGCCGGUAAGUACGGAAGUCCGUUAAUCAGCUUCUUCAACGGAUCCAGCUUCACCGUCGUCAUCUCCGAAUCUGAUCUCGUCAAAACCGCCAUGAAGAAUCCGGCGUUCGACGGCCGGCCAGCCAAUCACGCCUCUAAAGAAUAUUUCGGACGAGGCAUUGGAUUCACGGAAGGCGACACGUGGAAAACACAUCGGAAGCUGGUUGUUUCCUCCAUGAGAUUUCUCUCGGGCAGCGGUAAUCCCCAGAUGGAGUUUGAUAAUCACAUGAAAAAGGGUGCCUGGAAUUUAGUAUGCUCCUUUCGGGAUGCAUCCUCAAGGGAAUUUGAUCCGGCUCCAUUCUUAACACAGGCGGUUGCAGAUAUUUUGUCAUUCCUGGUGUUCAAGAAUGCCCUGACUUCGGAUGAUCCGCGCUUUAAUGCCAUGAUUAACUGCUGUGAACGGGUGUUCUCCAUUAAUCCCAACACGGAUGUCAUGAAUCUCUUCCCAUUCCUCCAAAGCCUACCGUCUUUCCAGAAGAAGCGUGCAUUUUUUGCGCAGACCCAUGAAGAGCUUUUCAGUAUUACGAAAAGCGUGAUUUCCACAAGAAAAGCCGAACUGGACAAGGAUAAACAGAUUCUGUCUGAUGAGGCGGUAGAUUUCACCGAGGCUCUACUCAAACAACAAACAGCGGCAUCCACUGAAAAUGCAAAAUUUCUAACAGAUGUGGACGUUAUGAUGAUGACCACAGAACUGUACAUGGCUGGCUCUCAAGAUACGAAGAAUGUAUUACACUGGAUUCUUUUCGUGCUCAUUCUGUUUCCUGAAGAACAACAACGACUGCACGAGUACAUUGUUGAGGUAAUUGGGAAAAGUCGAGCGCCGAGUGUUUUUGACAAAGAGGAUUUGCCGUAUGUGGAAGCAUUUAUUCUGGAGACGCAACGCUUCUCCAGUUCCAUGCCUUUUCCUCUGCCACAUCGCACAGUGGUAGAUACCACGUUAGGGGGAUAUCUGAUUCCAGCCGAUACAACAGUGAUAAUAAAUGCCUUCGCUGUUAAUAAUGACCGUGCCUUAUGGAAUGAUCCAGAGAUCUUCCGACCAAAUCGAUUUAUGGGAAAAGAUGGCAAAUUAAACCAGCUAAUCAGUAAAACAACUGGAUUUGGGGAAGGGCGACGCCGAUGUCCAGGAGAACAAAUCGCAAGAAUAGUAUUAAUAGUUUUUCUUACGACAUUGGUUCAAAAUAUAAAACUCGUGCAUCCGGAAGGAUACACGUUGCCGCCAGUGACGCGAACAAACGGAACAUCAUCACAACCACCUUUCUUUGAGAUUUCCGUUAACAUGCGGGAUGUUCAGCAUUAGCAGCUUGUUCCAGCUUUACUGAAAUGCCGUUAUAAUGCCAUCGAUGUGAUGUGACAAGAAGCUAUAAUUGUACGAUUACUUUGUUUAUUUGUCCCUCCACAUCAAACAGAAGUUGGAAAUCAAAUAGAAGUGUGAUUUAUUAUUCGUUGCAUAUUUUCCUUUACAAAUAAACAAGGCAGUCAGUACCAUGAUUUAGGCAAUGCUUUCGAUUUCGUUGUCGAAUGU